AUUACUACGUUUACACGGCGACGUUAAAUCGAUGUAGUAACAACCAUAGUUAGUGAUUUCCUGCAUUUAAUUGGAACACAUUUUUAGAGAAUACAAAUACCGAACGCAAGAUUCCACUAACUACAGUUGUUACUAAACCAGUUUAACGUCGCCCUGUAAACGUAGUAUAUGGCUUAAUAUCGGAAGUCUAACCUUAUUGGCAAUUUGUUGACGCUCUCUUUAAGAGUUAACCUCUUCGAAAUACCAAUAUAUAUCUAGUGUAUAAUUUUGCAGGAGCCUUUAUUAAUGAAAAGGAAGUUGGGACAUAUCUGUGAUUAUUGUAACGAAUGAUAUCAACUAGUGAUAUCAUUAUGUAUUCUAUAUGCAAAAAUACUCAUCUAGCAACAGGAGUCGAGCAUGCGAUUACAUGCCACUUUUUCAAUCGAACCGAGAAAUGUCUUGUUGUUGCUGGUGCGAAUAUUAUACGAGUGUUUCGUUUGAUUCCUGAUAUCGACAUGACUAGAAGGGAGAAAUAUACAGAAAUACGACCUCCUAAAAUGAAACUGGAGUGUUUAGCUCAAUACAUCUUACAUGGAAACAUUAUGUCAAUGCAGGCAGUUCAUCUCAUUGGAUCACAAAGGGAUUCUCUCCUACUUAGCUUCCGUGAUGCCAAGCUAUCUGUUGUUGAGUAUGAUCAGGACAUUCACGACUUGAGAACUGUAUCGUUACAUUACUUUGAAGAAGAAGAAAUAAAGGAUGGAUGGACAAAUCAUCAUCAUAUACCAAUAGUAAGAGUGGAUCCUGAGGGAAGAUGUGCAGUAAUGUUGAUAUUUGGCAAAAAAUUGGUUGUGCUACCCUUUCGCAAGGAUCCCAGUCUUGACGAUGGUGAUUUACUUGACACUGCAAAAUUGUCAUCUUCUAACAAGACUCCCAUAUUAUCUUCAUAUAUGAUAGUAUUAAAAACUUUGGAAGAGAAGAUGGAUAAUGUAAUAGAUUUACAGUUUCUACAUGGAUAUUAUGAACCUACAUUAUUAAUUUUAUAUGAACCAGUAAGGACAUUUUCAGGACGUAUUGCAGUGAGACAGGAUACCUGCGCUAUGGUUGCAAUAUCUUUGAAUAUUCAGCAAAGAGUUCAUCCUAUUAUCUGGUCUGUCUCCAAUUUACCAUUUGAUUGUUAUCAAGCUGUACCUGUGAAAAAACCGCUGGGUGGUACUCUAAUAAUGGCAGUCAACUCACUUAUUUAUCUGAAUCAAAGUAUACCACCUUAUGGAGUAUCUCUUAACAAUUUAGCAGACUCAAGUACAAAUUUUCCCUUAAAGCCACAGGAAGGAGUUAAAAUGAGUUUAGAAGGAGCACAGGUUGCAUUUAUAUCUGCUGAUCGUUUAGUUAUCUCUUUGAAAAGUGGAGAACUCUAUGUUUUGUCUCUCUUCGCAGAUAGUAUGCGAUCCGUGCGUGGAUUUCACUUCGACAAAGCUGCUGCUAGUGUGUUAACAUCGUGUGUAUGUAUGUGUGAAGAUAAUUAUCUUUUCCUUGGUUCUCGACUUGGUAAUUCAUUAUUGUUACGAUUUACGGAAAAAGAGCCGGAAGCUCUGAAAAAUCUAAAUGGUGGUGAAAUUACCAUUGAAGAAAAUGAAAGCGAAGAACCUCCAGUUAAAAAAACAAAACAAGAUUUUCUUGGUGAUUGGAUGGCGUCGGAUGUAUUAGAUAUCAAGGAUCCAGAAGAAUUAGAAGUAUAUGGCAGUGAAACUCAUACAUCCAUUCAGAUCACUUCGUAUAUUUUUGAGGUAUGUGAUAGCUUAUUAAACAUUGGACCGUGCGGAAAUAUUUCCAUGGGAGAACCAGCUUUCCUGUCUGAAGAAUUUCUACAGAAUCAAGAUCCCGAUGUUGAGCUCGUAACAACAUCCGGAUAUGGCAAAAAUGGUGCACUUUGUGUACUACAACGUUCUAUACGUCCUCAAGUCGUGACAACAUUUGAAUUGCCUGGUUGUGAAGAUAUGUGGACCGUUGUUGGUAUAUUAAAUAACGAUGAAGUCAAGACGGAAGCAGAAGGAUCUCAUGCAUUCUUGAUAUUAAGUCAAGAAGAUUCAACUAUGAUUCUCCAAACCGGUCAAGAAAUUAAUGAAGUUGAUCAGAGUGGAUUUAGUACACAAGGAAGUACAGUAUUUGCUGGUAAUCUUGGAGCUAACAGAUACAUUGUACAAGUUACUCAAAUGGGAGUACGUCUUUUGCAAGGCAUCGAACAAAUCCAACAUAUGCCUAUAGAUCUUGGCUGUCCAAUUAUACACGCAAGUUGUGCCGAUCCAUACGUAGCAUUACUCUCAGAAGAUGGACAAGUGAUGUUAUUAACCCUUAGAGAAGUAAGAGGUACAGCAAGAUUGCAUGCUCAGGCUGCCAAUUUAUUGUUUCGUCCCCAGAUAGAAGCGUUAUGCGCUUACAGAGACGUAAGCGGAAUUUUUACGACACAAUUACCUGAGAAUGCAGACGACGAGCAGACUGAAGAAGAAUACAAUGUAGAAGAACCAUCUGUACUUACUAAUAUCGAUAAUGAAGAUGAUCUAUUAUACGGUGAUGCUCCCGCAUUCCAAAUGCCUGCACCGUCAUAUCCAAAAACGUCAGAUGGAACUACUAAGAAAUCACCUUGGUGGCAAAGACAUUUGCAGGAAAUUAAAUCCACAUAUUGGCUACUUGUGUACAGAGACAGCGGAACUUUAGAAAUUUAUUCCUUACCUGAUUUACGAUUAUCUUAUCUUAUUCGUAAUUUUGGCUAUGGUCAAUAUGUAUUGCAUGACAGCAUGGAAUCCACAACUUUGCAAUCAGCGCCGAUCAACGAGAUCCCUCAUCCAGAUAUGCAGGUUCGUGAAAUUUUGAUGGUUGCCCUAGGACAUCAUGGAAACCGACCGAUGCUGUUAGUACGCCUCGAUUCGGAAUUGCAAAUUCCAAGACCUAAAGAAGAAGAUAUUCCAAGGAACGGAUGUGAAACUCGCGUUUGUGUGAUGCGUUAUUUUAGCAACAUUGCUGGAUAUAAUGGAGUAUUUAUCUGCAGUGAUUAUCCACAUUGGAUAUUUUUAACUGGACGCGGUGAAUUGCGUGUGCAUCCAAUGGGCAUUGACGGUUCUGUCACAUCCUUCGCUGCUUUUAACAAUAUUAAUUGUCCGCAAGGUUUUCUAUACUUUAAUAGAAAGGAGGAACUACGGAUAUGUGUCUUACCAACUCACUUAUCGUAUGAUGCUCCAUGGCCAGUUAGGAAAGUCCCUUUGCGAUGUACCCCACAUUUUGUUACGUAUCAUCUUGAAAGCAAAACCUAUUGUGUUAUAACAAGUACAGCUGAACCUCUGAAAAGUUAUUAUAGAUUUAACGGUGAAGAUAAGGAAUUUACGGAAGAGGAGCGCCCAGAUAGAUUUCUUUAUCCAUCCCAAGAACAAUUUUCCAUCGUACUAUUUUCUCCAGUUUCAUGGGAAACUAUUCCCAAUACAAAAAUUGAGCUGGACCAAUGGGAGCAUGUUACUUGUUUAAAGAAUGUAUCUCUAGCUUAUGAAGGCACGAGAUCCGGUUUAAAAGGUUACAUAGUAUUAGGAACGAAUUAUAAUUACGGCGAAGAUAUUACAAGCAGAGGACGAAUACUUAUAUUUGACAUAAUUGAAGUGGUUCCCGAGCCUGGCCAGCCAUUAACCAAAAAUAGAUUUAAACAAAUUUAUGCGAAAGAACAAAAAGGACCUAUAACUGCUAUAACACAAGUAUCGGGAUUUUUAGUCUCAGCUGUUGGACAAAAAAUUUAUAUUUGGCAAUUGAAAGAUAACGAUCUUGUUGGAGUUGCUUUUAUCGAUACUCAAAUUUUUAUCCAUCAAAUGCUUAGUAUUAAAAGUCUCAUCUUAAUAGCCGAUGUCUAUAAAUCGAUUAGCUUGUUAAGGUUUCAAGAAGAAUAUAGAACACUCUCCCUUGUUAGUAGAGAUUUUAGACCGGCAGAGGUAUACACAAUAGAAUAUCUAAUUGAUAAUACAAAUUUAGGUUUUCUUGUGGCUGAUGGGGAGAGCAAUUUAGCUUUAUUUAUGUAUCAACCAGAAUCCAGAGAAAGUCUAGGAGGUCAAAAAUUAAUUAGAAAGGCAGAUUUUCAUUUAGGACAGAAAGUAAACACUUUCUUCCGUAUUAGAUGUAGAAUUAGCGAUCCUGCGAAUGAUAAAAAGCAAUUUUCCGGAGCUGAUAAAAGACAUGUUACUAUGUACGCAUCAUUGGAUGGCAGUCUUGGUUACAUUUUACCAGUACCAGAAAAAACAUAUCGAAGAUUACUCAUGUUGCAAAAUGUGUUGGUUACACAUAUUUGUCACAUAGCGGGUUUAAAUCCGAAAGCUUAUCGCACGUAUAAAAGUUACGUUCGAAAUCAAGGUAAUCCAGCAAGAGGCAUCAUUGAUGGUGAUUUGGUUUGGCGUUAUCUUUUCUUACCUAACAAUGAAAAAGCAGAUUUAGCCAAGAAAAUUGGAACGCGCGUUCAAGAGAUUAUUGAAGACAUCAUUGAGAUUGAUCGACAAACGGCCCACUUUUAAGUGGAGUCGUAAUAUAUUUAUAUAGCCGAUCAUUUAUCUUUAUAUUACCUGAAAAUAGCUUAAGAUGAGUUUUACCGAAUGUUGCUUGCAUAAUAAGUAUUUUUGACAUGCUAAAUACAUUCUGAAAUUGUCAAUAGCAUAAUUUGCAAUUGUUUCAUUCAUGUGUAUCAUGUUAAAUUAUAUAAUAGAACCUAAAUUUACACUUUAAUAUAAAACAACAGACAGAUAUAAUUUAUCUUUAUAUAAAAAAUUAUAGUAUCAAUUAUAAUUGUUCUGCGAUACAAAUUAACGAAUUUAUUUAUCAUCUAUGUAUAAUCAAACUAAGAAAUAUUUGCUCGU